UCAAUUGUGUAUAGACCACAAACAUAUUCAGAUUUUUCUGAGUCGGGUUCAGGAAAAAGUACCAAUUAUAGGGAUAAAUCUUGCAAAUGAAGAAAAAGAAGAAGAAAAAAUAGAAAGGACACACGAAAGAGAACAGACACGUGUCGUGAUGGGAAAGAACCUGUCUCAUUACCGAGAAACCGCGAAAGCCUAACUACCAACGCCUCCCGAGUGAGAUCAUGCCAACAACUUGGUUUUGCGGAACAGUCGAAAUAAAUAAAUACGUAAUAAAUAUUGUUUCUUUUUCUUUCUUUUCAACUCCCACCAUCACCCACCAAAUCAUCACGAGAAAAAGUUUUGUGGGUAAUUUAUUUUUUAGAAGUAUCUCUCCAAAUCCAAUCCAAAUUACCGCGUCUCAAUCUUAUUAACAGUAAAGCUUUUAACUCCGGCAGUCUGCCGUAGAAGGCCAUAGUAGUUGGUGUUAUCACUUAAAGAAGUUAGCAGUACUUGCGUGAUUACAUUAUGUGGAAUGGAACUCAGAGUGUUGGUGAAUCUUCUAGCUCAACUUCCUUGAGCAGUCAGCAGGAUGUUGAGGAUGACCAAAUGAUUGCCUUCGUACUUUCAGAAGAGUAUGCUAAGUUAGAUGGUGUUGUUGCUAGGCGCCUUUCCAACCUGGCCCCUGUUCCUCAUGUGCCUCGGAUAAAUACCUAUAUCCCCAACUUAAGUGAUGCCAGUUUGGAUCACCAACGGCUUCUCCAGAGGCUACAAGUCUAUGGUUUAUGUGAAGUGAAGGUCUCUGGGGAUGGAAAUUGUCAGUUCCGUGCACUUUCAGAACAGAUGUACAAGUCACCUGAGUAUCACAAGCAUGUUAGAAAAGAGAUUGUGAAACAGCUGAAAGAAUAUCGCUCUUUGUACGAAGGCUACAUUCCAAUGAAGUACAAACGUUACUACAAGAAAAUGGAAAAAACUGGUGAAUGGGGGGAUCAUGUCACUUUACAAGCAGCAGCUGAUAAGUUUGCAGCAAAGAUAUGCCUCUUAACGUCAUUCAGGGAUACUUGUUUUGUUGAAAUUACUCCACAAUACCAGGCACCUAAACAUGAGUUAUGGUUAAGUUUUUGGUCAGAGGUACACUACAACUCACUAUAUGAAAUCCGAGAUGCUCCAGUUCAACAAAAGCCUAGGAAGAAACACUGGUUGUUCUAGAGGAAGCAGAUAGGUUAUUUUGUCAAAGCAUUCAUGAGGUUGAAUACAUUUUAGUAUUGUGCAUAUUUUCCUUUGUUUUCUUAUAUAUUUAUUAUAUUCUUUUUUCUUAAUUCUUACUAUUAUAUUCUUCAGCGAUAGUUUGAUUUUACUACUAUAAAUACUAUACGAUAGUUUUGAGAUGUACCAUGUUCAUCAUAUUCUUGCUUCAAGACUAAUUUUUGUCUUCCAUUUGGGAGAAGCUUAUUUAUUUUAUCUCGUGCAAUUUAUAUUAAAGUAAUAAUUAAAAUUACCAUUUAAAACUUU